GUCGAAAUGGAACGCUGGCACGGGAAGGUAGCCGUCGUGACGGGUGCAAGUUCCGGCAUAGGAGCCGCCGUUGCAGAGGCACUUGUUGAUAACGGCUGUAUCGUCGCAGGGUUAGCGCGAAGAAAGGAAAAAAUCGAGCAGAUCGCUGCGCGUCUGCACUCAAAGGUCGGUAAGCUGUACGCGUUGAAAGCAGACGUGGGAGUUGAAGAGGACAUUUUGACUGCGUUCAAGUGGGUGCAAGAGAACCUGGGCCCAAUCCACAUUUUGGUUAACAGCGCGGGAACGGGACGACCGACAAAUUUGAUCGAAGGUGAGACGACGGACUUUAAGUGUGUUUUGGACACGAACGUUCUGGGUUUGACUAUUGCUACGAGAGAAGCUGUUAAAGAUAUGAGGAAGAAUAACAUCGACGGUUACAUUGUACACAUAAACAGCGUGAUGGGACACCGCGUUUUCAAUUUGGCGACCGAAAACGUUUACCCCGCGUCCAAGCAUGCCAUUACGGCUCUAACAGAAACUUUGAGGAACGAUCUGAAGAGAAUCGGGAGCAAAAUUAAAGUCUCGAGUGUCAGUCCAGGUUUAGUAGAUACUGAGAUUUUCGCAAGCAACGGAUUUUUCAAGCUCAAGGGUGUCGCAGAAAUUAUAGGCAUGUUGCCAAAGAUACAAAGCAAAGACGUCGCCGAUGCGAUUUUGUAUCUCCUUGGUACACCACCUCAUGUAGAAGUCACUGAAUUAACGAUACAACCAACCGGUGGUGUCUCCUAAAUUACUUUCUUUUUGAAGUGUUGGGUUGCGCAAGUCACAAGUGCCAAUUUUACCGCUCUGGAUACAAUACGUACGCUAUAAUUUUUUCACAAGGGAGUUCUAAAGUGUACGCCGUUGUGGUACUAACUAGCAAUUUAACAUUUUGAAACUAUUACGUUGUGGUAUAUUGUUUAUUUUUCAAGAAAAGUACUGUCUGUGAUCGUGGCUAAACAUAUAUACCUAUGGUAUAUUUUUUCCAUUGAUUGAAUGUAAGAUGAGUUAUAUAAACUAAGU